UUAAUUUUUAGAAAUGUUACUCGAAAAAUCUACCCAAUGACACAUUAAAGAAUAUUUCGUUAUUCAUCAAACACUAUAUUCGAAAAAUUCGAAUCUAAUAAAAUGUUACGUGGUUCAACUCGGACAGUAUCGUUUGUAUCUGAACCUGAAGAGGAUGAGACCAUAGUCCAUGACAAGGCCUCUGAGGAUUCAGUUAAGGAAGCCAUCGUGCGAUGGAUCAUCUACAUUAUAACCUAUGCUUUGAUAAUUAUCGGCACAGGAGCUAUAUGGGUGGGACUCGUGUUGAAUGAUAGCUUGACGCACAUAAGUGCGGAUAAAAUCGGCUAUGGCAGUCAUGUUAUAACGCAUAUCUUCAUACUUUGCGGCGUGGCAACCAUUGUCGUUGGCUAUGCAGGUGGUUGCUGGUUCAAUGCUCAUCAGGGUCUUAUGCUAAAAGUGCACUUUUGUCUCAUUAUAACCACAAUUUUGCUCUAUAUAUUGGUAAUUGUUAUCGUUGUAUUUGCUUCGACUGCUCGAAGGGCCGAUGACUAUCUGAAUGAAUGCUGGGAAGAGUAUGCGAAUAAGAACAGAACAGUCGAUAUGAUGGAGUUACAGAUUCGGUUCUUUUGCUGUGGCAUUAAUGGCAUUAAAGACUACACUGAAGGCGAUUAUGUGCUGAGAAUGUCGUGCUACUUUAAAUUCAAUAUGCGUGGGCAACCAUUUCAACAAACCUGCUCACAUGCGAUCAAAGACUACUUUCAUCAGAAAAGAAACGAUUGUAUAAUCUUCAAUAGCGUAGUCAUUGUGUUGCUGAUUAUCUACCUCAUUUUGUGCAAAUUGUUGCAUAAAUGGCGCGUGAUCUAUGUGUAAUGUAGUCGCAAAUUCAGUAUACGUAAUCCCUUUGAAUACUGUCAAAUAAAUGUUAAAUGUCGAAAUAGUUUAGUUUUAAUUUAGAUACUAAUUACAUGAAAAUUAUCACAUUAGAGGUCCUGCUAUGGAUUAACCACAUGCAGUCAGUGGAAUUCGCUUUCGUGGGUAUAUCCUUGAUAAUGGGCGGAUUUUAUCUACCCAUCGAUCAUUCAUACAUGCAGGUGGAACUAGUGUGUUAUUGGACUACUUCCAUAAGCAGAAUGUUUGUGGUGUGCGGCAUCGUGCUGAUCCUUGCAGGAGCAUUCGGUGCAUUUUGGUAUCGCAGGCACGUCGAGUUCUUUUAUCUAACACAAAUGCUGUUCAUUGUGCUUGGCAUUAUCUUCACCAUUGUCCUGGCUCUUUUCAUCACAUACAACUGUCAUAUCGAGAAGGCGAAGAGAAGAGUGGAAUAUCUUUGGUUGGACACCGAAAACGAUAAAAACGCAUUCUUCAUGAUGCAACAGCAUCUAAAAUGCUGUGGGAAAUCUGGGCCAGAAGACUACAUUGACAAGGAGCAAUUUCCUGUUUGUCACAAGAAUUUCAACGCGGACGACAUUAAAUUUACCAAAGGAUGCAUUGAGGCUGCUGAAGAUUUUUACAACAAGAAAGUGAUGCUCACCAUUGUGGCUAUGGUGGCUAUGAUUGUAGAUGAG